CAUUUCCUAUUGUGCUCGUGCGCCCCAUUUCUCUUUUUUCUACCUUCUUUUCUCUUUUGCUUUCUGAAUAAAUUUUGGGCUAUAUUGGCAAUGGCAACUGGGACAGGAUCACCUUGUGGUGCAUGCAAAUUUCUACGGCGAAAAUGUGCUGUUGAUUGUAUUUUUGCACCUUAUUUUUGUACAGAAGAAGGUCCUGCUAAAUUUGCUGCAAUUCACAAAGUGUUUGGAGCAAGUAAUGUGUCUAAAUUGUUGUUGCAUGUUCCUGUUGCUGAUCGUUGUGAUGCUGUUGUCACCAUUGCUUAUGAAGCUCAAGCUAGGAUCAAAGAUCCUGUUUAUGGUUGUGUUGCCAACAUCUUCUCUUUACAACAGCAGGUAGCAUAUUUGCAGGCUCAACUAAUGCAAGUGAAGGCUGAGCUAGCUCAAAGCUUUAUCAAUUCAAGUAAUCCUCAAUGGAGCAACAAUAAUAUGGAGUCAAUUAGUGGAUUAAUGACAUCGUCCUUUCCAGCUAAUUAUUAUAAUUAUUUUAAGUCCAGCUCAUCACCACAAAGCUCAUUGGAGUCUUCUGAUAAUUGCAGUGAUAUUGGGAUGAAUAUGCAAGACAUGCAAAGCCUAGACCAACUCUUGUAUCAAACAUAUACUAGUAGGAAUAUUGGCUUUUAGGAUUAUGCAAAACUGAGUCCUCCUUUGUUUUAAAUUUGAUGGACAAAAUUACUAGGUACUUAUGUUAUUAUUAGAUAUUGUGUAGCUUGUAUUUGGUGAAAUAUAGUCGAAAAA